AACGGCAACCCGUAAAUGCUUAUAUCCAAAAUUGAACACUAAUCUCCCUACUGAAACCCCACACCUUCAGCGUCGAUUCAUUUGUUUCAUUGUCAUUGCCUCUUCAGCUCCUUAGUUUUGGUUGUGGGGUUUUGGAUACAAAGGUUUUUUUCUUGGAUCUCUCUGUGCAACUGGAUUUGGCUAAAUUUGAGAUUAGAGCUUAAUUUAAAGGUUCUUGUUGCCGGAACAGUGGGCUCUUGUAGUAGGCUAUAAAUUGAAAAUUAAAUUGUGUAUGUGGGUCUAACGUGUUUGAUGAAUUCUGAUUUCUGAUUAAAGUUAUGUUACAGUUAGUUGGGAAGGUCUUUUUUGGUGUCCUGAUCAAUGAGUUUUCAUUUUGGUUUAUUGUAAGAAUCCUGGGAUCAGGAUUUUGAGCAGUGAUUUCAUCUUCUUCUCUUUCUGAUAAAACAUUAAAAAUAAGUCGGUUAAUGGUUUAUAUCAAUUGGGUUCCUAUUUCUCUUUUUCCUAUUUCUCUUUUCACAUCGGAUGAUGCAUUGAUAGCUAAGGUUAAAAGGCUUUGUUUUUCAGCUUUUUGUACUUGAUUUGUGUUGGUAAGGGAAGGAGAUAAAAAAGCUUAAUCUUUUUCCUGAUCAAAUGGGCUCAUUUGGGUUCUUUCUGAUAUGUAUGCUUCACUCUUUGAUAGCUCUAACCUGUGGAAUUCUGAUGAUGUUUUACACGAAUGAGGCCUCUGUGUUUGGCCAUGGCAUUGAGGUAGCUUCUAAGCUGAAAGGAUCAACACCCCGUGACCAACUCUUGAUCCAAACCUCUGAUUCCUUUUCUGGGUUGCUCUUAUUUGCCAUUGGUUUCUUGUUAUUUAUGGUGGCAUUUGUCAAGGAUAGAGAAUUCCAAAGCUUUUUUGCAAAGGGUUGUGUUCUGAUUCAUGUUUCAGUGGCUUUUUGGAGAAUUUACUUUGAGUGGAAGCUUGAAGAUCUAGCUCAUGAUUUGCCAAGGCAGGUUGUGGGUGAUAUUGCAUUGGCUCUUUCCUGGGUUUUCUUUCUUGUUUACUCAUGGAGAGAGAAGUAUGAUUAGCUAUAACACAUAA